AUGAAGACUUGGACACGCCCCGAACAAAGCUCUUUUGCCUCAGCAAUUCGAUUAAAUCGUAUGCUGUUGAUGAUGGACGAAUCUUCCAGAGACAACAUCUACGAACUCAUGCGCGAAAUCGAGCAAGGGGUUCGUGUACAACAAGCUGUUGACCAGCAACUCGAAGCAGAACUACAAGCAGAAAUUUAUCGAGACCACAGAGAUGGAACAGAAAAUUCAGUGCUUUUCCAGAUGCUUCCUGCAGAAAUCAGAUCGCACAUAUUCUCGUACGUCGUGGCGGUCGAGCAAUCAGUGCACGUGUUUCCACCCAAAGGAAACGAGAGUCAUGGUUUCCGUCUCAGUCUUUGCGAUGAAUCAAGCUAUGACCUAGAGUCAGGUUGCUGUCGAUGUGAUGGUAUUCGACCGAACCAAAGUGUUCGACCAGAGUUCUUCAAUAAUGCAAUUUUCCUCGUAUCGAGAAGUGUUCGACGACAGGCACUUGAUGCAUUUUUUAUGACGAACAAAUUCACCUUCACCUGCCUCUACGAGCUUGUGAGGUUCACCAGCAUGUUUUCACGUUCUUCUAGCAGGAUUCAAAAGCUUCGAAUUUUCGAGCGCGUGGACGAUUAUCCUGCAUCAGAGUAUCGACUCGAGGGCAUACAGAACGCCAGACGCCGACUGAAGGGAUUGAAGCAUCUUGAUCUUCAUCUCUUCAUUGCGAGUUGGUCCGCAUACGAACAGCCGUACGAGGACGGCCUAGUGGAUCAGUUGCUGCAUUUCGCUCUAGGCCCCCAACCAAAGAGCAAGCAGCAGCCAAAAAAGAGGAAACUCGAUCUCGAAGCAGAUUCUGACGGCGAAGUAUACAUCGUGGAUACCAAGAAGGUUGACACAGGCAACAUCAAAGACAAAGACCAGGCAGAACACGCUCAAGCACCAGCUGCAAAUACGGAAAAUGCCCCCGCAGUUGAAGUAUGUCCAGAGAGCCAGGUCAGCAACACUGCCAAGGGCAAAGAGAAAGCAAUCGAAACUAGCCCAGGCCAAUCGUUGCACCUCUUCAACAACGCUCAGACCUCAACUACUUCAGCAUCUCCAACCCUGUCAUCGGCUGCCAUCGACCUCCGUCCAGCUUUCACCAUUCCACCUCUCAAGUCCUUCACACCUAACGUCCACCAACGCUCCCACCAAAUCCUACAAUACCGCCUCAACCGCACUCCUGACCCCAAGCAACCAUACUACGACGCCCUCUGCGAACGUCUUUCAAAACACUUAGCAGAUGUAUUCAUGGAUGCUGGCAAGAAGUACAGAACUUUUGACGAGAUCCCGAAGCUUGGGGAGAAGCCAAAGGCCAAAGUCAGGGACGAUGAAAGGCCCUUGAGAGGCACGGAGAAGAGAGGGAUUCUGUUUAUGAAGGAUUGA